AUGCUUUCAAUCUUCCUCUUCUCGCUUCUCAGCAUUGUGCCGUCCUCGACGCUCGCACAAUAUGUCAACGGCAAUGCCAUAGGAUCCUGCGCCGAUGUAGACUGUCCACUGACGGGUGAUGACACUACGCGUGCUGAAUGCCGAAUUACGGACAACGUGUAUGGGGGAAUAGGCCUGGUCUCCAUCCCUACCACUAUUAGUCAGAACGACCUUACAUGGACCAUCGCUACGCAUAUUUACGACAAUAUUGACCAAAACGACCCAGUGAAGCGCAACAUCGAGAAAGACUUCUAUCUCGGCACGCCUCCAUCGCUAGAGCUGGCAGCUGAUAGUCUCCCUUAUAAGGGCUGUGCCGUCUUUCUCUAUAACAACAGCGCGGAGUUCCCUCAGAACGAAGCAGGAACCUGUAGCGAUGUUAUCGGCGACGAGUGCAUUGGAGCUCUGUUGACCCAGGCAAAGACGAUCAUGGCCCAGCCACAGAACAAAAGUGCGUCGGUUGAGCAAGCUUGUCAGCGGCUACAGAUGGGCUUGCAGAAUACUUUUGCAGACCCAUCAAUCACUGGUGACGAGGCCCCCACGCCACCCUCACAAUCGCACAACGAAAGCAGCAACUGUCACCCCACGCUUCCUAAAACCAAUGAACUUGCCUUGGUCUACGGUUUUAACGACACAGGCACUGCGUACUCCAACUCCACCACGCACAUGUUCAACGCGGUCAAUCUCAUCCUGACCGUUUUCUUCUCUCCUAACAGCGAAGCACAAGGUGCUCUGGAAUCACCAGAUGCGCAUCUCUCAUGUCUAAAAGGCGUCUAUCUGACUAAUGCGCAACUCGAGAAUUUAUCGGGGAAUGAGAAUGCUGCUUCGGUGUCGGAGUAUAUCAACGACGAAGAGAUCGACGAUAGAGAGCUCAAGCGCCGCCACAGUUUCGAUGGUCGCUAUAGGCUAAGAGUCGAUAGCGCGGCGUUGUCGGCAGCGUUGGGCGCCCACCCUGAAGACAAUGACCUCUGGGUGACCGCACGCUCUGGAAUUCGCAACAUACUUGACCGCUUCCCACUCCAGCCGCUCUGGAAAAUUGAGGCUAGUUUGCACAUCCUCUGGUACACGUUCGCUCGAGCCGCCAGCAUUAUACCUGCAGAUCACCCAGCGCAGGACCGGCUGGCCGCAGAAGUAAUACUUGCGCGGGAGCUCGGGUCCUUGGGCUCCGACGAGCGUACUGCGGUGACGGAGGAUGGAAGGAUUUGGUCCGACCUCCCAUACCUUGUUCGGGAUCUGGAUGCGUUCUGGCAGUCCAAUCAGUAG